CCGGCCUUGAGUGAGUGAAUUUAUCCCUCACUCCUUCCCUCGGCUAGGGAGGUACACCGCUUGCGUCGAACUGGCGCUGUCGUGCCUAUGUUGAGGUGAAUUUUAUCCCAACUGUAAAUAGAACAUAACUAGGAAAGCGGGAAACCUCAUCUGUUUUACCCGGGCACGGCUGGAUACGUGUCUCCAUCGGAGAGAGCUCUUUGAGCUUCGACAUGUCUGUGAUAUUACACACGGUGCUCCUAUCGGCGCUGCUUGCCGGUGUUCAUGGCGGCUCCUACUUUAUGACCGCCCCUCGCUCCAUGUUCAAGGGCGGCAGCUUUAACCUGACUGUGGAUAUCUUUAACGAGGUGACCACGGAGGUGGAGGUGGCGGUCGAGAGCAAGAUCUACAACAAGAGGAUCAACCGAUGGGAGACCAAGGUCAUGACCUCCGCCAACGGAACCUUCGGCAUGAAUACCAACAGAAAUGAACUGCACCAACUGCCAGCUGGUUGUCCGCGGCUCUAGCUCCUACAAGUUUGAGCGCUCCGUGAGCAUGUACGUCAGCAGUGUGGUCACUUCUGUGGUCAUCCAGACAGACAAAGCGAUGUACAGGCCUGGGGAUUUGGUUCGUCUCAGAGCCUUUGCUGUUCACGCAAAUCUGAUGGUCUACGAUGGACAAUUCGACGUAUUCAUAACUGGCACACAAGACACGAUGUACCAAACGUUCCAAGUGAAGAACUACGAGAUGCCAAAGUUUGAAGUCGACAUUGAUAUUGCAGCAUACGGGCUGACCUCUGAUGUGUCGCUUACUGGAUAUGUAAACGCCAACUCCAAGUGUCCACACCAGACGGGCUCCCUCCUAUCGGCAACACAGACCCGGUCUACGUGUACACAGUAGCCAGCUACCAGUUCACAGUGGAUGACCAGAAGUACUACUGCACCAACGAGUUCACGGGCAUGUUCCCGCUCACAGGACAGAACCUGACACUUCCGGACAACGGCAUACUUCCCGUGGAAGUAGACAUCCCAGACAACGCAACCAGUAUUACCGUUAAGGCCGGGAACCUCACCAGCUUCAGUGUCAGCGGAACCGAGGAUCUCUACGCUAUUACUUAUGUGAUCGUUGCCAGAGGCAUGAUUGUGGACACGGGUACGGUGAACGGGACAGGGAACCGAACGUUCACCUUUGACCUUAUGAUCACGACAGCCAUGGCGCCCACGUGCCGUAUCCUGGUGUACUACAUACGUCACGACAACGAGGUGGUGGCCGACAGCAUCGCCUUCCUGGUCGAGGGCCUGUUUGAGAACCGAGUGACGGUGUCAUUCGGCGUGGACAUCAGUGAGCCAGGCGCGGAGGUGGACGUGAGGAUGACCGCUGACCCCAACUCUAUGGUCAACCUGCUGGCCUUGGACGAGAGUGUACUCCACCUCAAGUCCGGAAAUGACGUCACAGUUGGAAGGAUCGAGCACUCCCUGCGCCGCUUCGACUUCGGCCAACGUCCAACCGACGCUGAGUUCGCCGUGUCUUACAGCGCUGCCAGCACCAUUGAGGUCUUCCAGAAAACUGGCCUACUCGUGCUCACCGAUCUGGACUUGUAUUCCAACUACCACUACAACCAUGACUGUGGCCCACCACUUGGAGAGACCCAGCCAAACCCCUACCCUCUUGGCAAGAAUGUCCUGGAGUCACUCACCGAAGAAGCAAAAGCAGAGGCCCACGCCAAAGCCCAAGGCAAGGCCAUCCCAGAGGUGUUCCCCGGAAUGGGUAACCUUGGGGACUACAACGCCAUGGGGCCGCCUAUGGACAUUCUGCAGGAGCAAGCGGCCCAGGAUUUCUUCCUGGAGGUGGAGCAUAUCAAGAGGAUUCUGCCCGAGGCCUGGCUGUGGGAGAGUCAUACUGUGGACUGCAAGUGUUCAGGUCCUUCUUCACGGUGCUGACUUGCCCAAGUUCUGUGAUCAGAGGAGAAGAGCUCGUUAUCCAAGUUACUGUCUUUAACUAUCUCACUGAGCCUGUCACGGUGAACGUGACGCUCACAGGCAAUGACAUGUUCCGCAACAUCUACGUAUCUAAGACAGGACAACAGACCUACGACUCCGACGACAGGGUUCUCCAGGUCACGGUGACCUCCUCGGCAUUAGCAUGGACAGUCUGAUGUCACUGAUGACUAUCCCCACUGGGUGCGGAGAACAGACAGUGGUCAAGUUUGCGCCAAGUGUCUAUGUGGCCCAGUACCUCCAAGCCACUGGUCAGCUCACAGAUGAGCUGAAGGAACACGUUGUUGACAUUCUGAUCAAAGGCUAUCAGAGGCAGCUGAUGUACAAGAGACAUGACGGGUCAUUCAGUGCGUUUGGAAACCUUGACGAGCGUGGAAGUACCUGGAGUGCAGGGAAGACCGUCUGAACUGCCAGUUCUACUACCGUUGGACCAACGCCACCUCCAGGGCUACCCGUCAUUUGGAACACCACAUCUUCUUGGACAUUGACCGCUUCACGCUGUCCAUCAUAAGCUACGCUCUCCGCACUGCUGGAAGUCAGAUGGCGAUCAAGGCCCACACCAGAUUGAUGGCUUACGCCGUUAGAGAUGAAAAGUUCACCUUCUGGAGAGACAGCGGCUACGACGAGGGAAGGACAAUGCUGUACCGACCUAACGAAUGGCGCCCACCUCGUGAGGUAGGACGCUCUAUUGACGUCAUCACCACCUCGUACGCCCUGCUGGACAGUUGUUUGGAGAAUGACCUCCAGUUGGCCUUCAGUGUGGUGCACUGGCUGCUUGACCAGAGGAACGUGCAGGGCGGAUUCGUCUCCACUCAUGACACAGUGUUCGCCAUGAAAGCUAUCGCCUCCUACGCCCAGAAGUACCAGAAACCCGACACAAACAUGACUGUGCGAUUCGAUUCUGAUAAAGAUGAGACACUUGAGUUCAACGUCACUUCCGAGAACGCGCUCACACUGCAGACAAAGCCGUUCAAAGAGAUCCCUGUGACUGCUUCUGUCUACGCCACUGGAUCAGGUCUUGCUCUGGCAGAGAUCGACUACAGCUUCCACGUCACCCAAGCCUUGGUCCUGCCUUCCUUUGACGUCAGCAUCGUGUGUCUGGACGAUGAUGUGGAUCAUUUCACUCUGAUGAUUUGCACAAAAUGGUUGCAUCGCACCGAUCUCACCGGCAUGGUGGUUCAGGAGAUCAGUGUGCCGUCCGGGUUCAAAGCCCACGUGGACUCACUGAGAGACGUGGCCGGCCUGAAGCGGGUUGAAAAAGAUGGGAACCUGGUCUCCAUCUACUUUGAUGAGAUCACAAAAGCCUCUCUGUGCUACAACCUGCAGAUGACUAGAGAGGGUCGCGUGGCCAAGAUCCAGAGGAACUACAUCAAGACAUUCGACUAUUACGAGCCAG